AGGGGCGGAUUUGGACAAAGUUUCCCAACUGUCCCGACCCGAGGAGGCUCCGGGGGGGUUGAAGGGGAAUCGAUUUAACCGCAUAAACCUAAAAACAAUUCUCUUUAACCAGUCAGUUUUGUAACACCAUCUUACACUUUUGAACUGGGAUCCCUCAAAACAACGGUUGCUUGCCCAUUAAAGUGGCUGAUUUACAAUCAACCAGCCACAACUCAAAUUUAGCAGCUGCUGGCUCGUACUACUCACUGAUCCUGAGACAUGUUCGGUGUCAUCCAAAGGAAAGGAUACAUGGAAAGGAAACAAACUGAGAUGAUUGAAAUGCAGCCACGCAUGGUCUCGUUUCACGUGAAAGUAAAAAAAAACAAAAAACAUAGAAGGAGGAAGAGGAGGAGGACAGGUGAUUUCUAAGUGUGUUGCUUUUUAAUUACAGAAAUAAUGGACGAUUCCCAUUUCAACUCAUCAUACUUUUGGUCUCCCGUCCCCACUGUACAAGGACAGAUCGAGAACGCCAUGUUUCUGAACAAGGCAAAGGAGCAGUUGGGUCACGAGAAGGCCAAUGCGUCCUCCUUCCAACACGCCUCUGCGUCUUCCGCCUCUUCCCCCCACUACCCCACGGCUGUGCUCGCUACCCCCGGCUCAAUGGACGCAGUGUCCGGGGUUCGGUUGGUCCCCAAACAGGAAGGAGGUGGUGGCGGCAGUAUGAGUGUGCUCGGCGGACACCUGCACCAGUCACACACCACCCAGAACAUCACAGUCGUGCCUGUUUCCUCUACAGGUAUCAUGACUGCAGCGGGGUUAGUGAUCACCACCCCUCAAGGCACACUGGUCCCCACUGUCUCCACACAGUCAUUUGUAGCUGGACACCCCAAUGCCACCACCAUGAUAGUAUCUGCAGUGCACCACACAAAUACAGACAAGAAGGAGGACAUCGCUGUCCCUUCCGCAGUCGUCAUGCCGAUGUCAAAGCGAGGCAGGAAGGGCAAACAGAUGAUGGGCAGAGUGGCUGGGGUCCUCCCUCCUGGAAGUGAUGCAUUAAUAUUGGCACACCUCGCCGCUGGUGGACAGCACCACACUGCUGACCCGUAUGACCUGUCAAAUGAUGAGGAUGAGCACACCAACAAAGAUGGCCCCAAAUCCUACAGGUGUCGGAUGUGUGCAGUGACGUUCUUCAGCAAGUCAGACAUGCAGAUCCACUCCAAGUCCCACACGGAGGCCAAGCCCCACAAGUGUCCCCACUGCUCCAAGUCGUUUGCCAACUCCAGCUAUCUGUCCCAGCACAUCCGCAUCCACAGCGGGGCCAAGCCCUACACCUGCACGUACUGCCAGAAAACCUUCAGGCAGCUCAGUCACCUACAGCAGCACACACGAAACCACACGGAGUCCAAGCCCCACAAGUGUCCUCACUGCUCCAAGUCGUUUGCCAACUCCAGCUACCUGUCCCAGCACAUCCGCAUCCACACCGGGGCCAAGCCCUACGCCUGCUCCUACUGCCAGAAAACAUUCAGGCAGCUCAGUCACCUACAGCAGCACACACGGAUUCACACCGGUGACCGACCGUACAAGUGUAACCACCCAGGCUGUGAAAAAGCUUUCACUCAGUUGUCCAACCUACAGUCUCACCGUCGGCAGCACAACAAAGAUAAGCCGUUCAAGUGCCACAACUGUAACCGUGGUUACACAGAUGCUGCCAGCCUAGAGGUGCACCUGUCCACACACACCGUCAAGCACGCCAAGCUGUUCUCCUGUGGCCUCUGUAACCGAUCCUAUACCUCGGAGACUUAUCUAAUGAAACACAUGAGGAAGCACAACCCCGACCCGCUAACAGUGGCAGCAACGUUAGCUGCUCAGCAGGCCCAGGGCCUUACGCCAGGCGGAGGCAGGGGCCGAGGCCGUGGCCGAGGGAGAGGUGGUGGUGGAGGAGGUGCAGGCAGAGCGGGUCAGCUCCAAAGCCAGACUAACCCAAACAACAACAGCCAGAACCCUAACCCUGGUCCUCCAGGCAGCUACCAGCAAACUCAGCAGCCCACAGAAGCUGUGGUUCAAUGCCCGUUUGACCUGCACCAGUACAAGACAGUGUCAGCCAGCGAGAUCCAGUACAAACCAGUUACUGUGGCAGACCUGCCAGUGGCUCACAAAGACCUCUGCCUCACUGUCUCCACAUCAGCCAUACAGGUGGAGCACAUGAACUCAUAGGCUGCGUCUUCACACUCUGUUCAAGGAAUUUCUAAUUGUGUCUGCAGUGUAAAAAGGUCCAUAUAUAAAAGUAAUUUAACUGUCCUCAGUAUCAUUGUCUUCUUAGGCAAGAAGAAAAUGGCACAUAGGGUGGAUACAAGAUUUAAUUUAAUUCACCCUAUGUCAUUUUUUCCUUCAUUUUAAGAAGCCUUAACUCUGAGUACAACAUUAAAUUACUUGUUAGAACACAGAUAUUUUACAAUGUGCUUCUCGAUUCCUGAGCCCACUUGUGCCAAGUAUCUCUCAGUAGAAAUGCUGGUCUCGGACACUGAUAUAAGUAGUUAGUUAGUCUGGAGCCCAUUCCUCCAGUUUGUGAAGACUUAACCAAAACCUAAUCUGAGAUCACUUUUGGCUUUUACACCAUUAAGAAUGAUUGAAUCCAGACCUGAAUUCCACAAAAGCAUGAUUAGUCUAAUUUCAUCUUUUUUCAACUAUGAUUCUCUAUAGUCGACCUUUUUAAAACACAAUUAAGACACUUAUCCAAAACCAGCAGUCCGCAGCAGAGAAUUUUGAUAAAAGAGGCUCACUGGUUUCCUUUCUCUUUUUUUAUUGCAUUGUUUGCAAUGGUGCAUUGGAGGAUGAAGAUGUAAAAUAUUUGUAAAAUAAAAAAUGACACUACUCUCUGCACAUUUAUGGUCCAGAGAACGGUGUCAUUUUUGAGCACAUUCAGAUCACAUUAAUCUGAACAUUCUCCAUUAUUUAGUUCAAGCCAAAACAAGGUAGAGAAACAAGACAAGGAAUCAACGACGAAAGACUGUAAAGAAGGAAUGAGUAAAUAAGUCUGGAUGACUUUUGAAUGACACCUCUUACAACAGAGGUUGGAUCAGAAACGUUGAAUUGGAGCCUUAGAAAAGACCACAAAAGAAGAGGAGAAAGAAAACAAUGAGGUGUAUUAUUGGAUAGGGCUAAAACCUGGGGCUGAAUCUCAAAGUGUUCACUUCCCCAAUCAUGAUGCCCUUAUUCACGCUCACCUCAGACAGGAUUUGAGGAACCAUUUCUUCGUCGGACCCCAAAGUAUUGAACAAAAGAGACGGACCGGUUCAAGAAUGCACUAAAUAUGAGGAAUCUGCAGCAGAGUGAGAUGAAAACAUGAGAGAGA